AUGCCAUCACCAUUGAACCACCAGUUAUUUCGUGUUUUGUCCAUCAUUCUUUUGGGUUCCCACGUCUUUGCGACAAAGGCGGCCGAUGUUCCAUCGGUAUGUGAUGCUCUGAUUGAGCCAAGUGUCCUCUCAAUCGACAAACCACUCGAAAAUAUAAAAGCGAAUCGAGGUGACAGUCUAGUUCUUCGUUGUGCAUUCUAUGCUUCUCCCCAACCAAAUAUUGUCUGGUAUCAUCGUGGAAAACGUCUGGAAAAUCAUCCAGCAGCUCAAUUCGAAACUCUUCUUUCUGCAACUAAUCUCGGGCAAUCUGUUGUUGAAUCAGCUUUUCGUAUCGAUUGUUUGGAUGAACGUACAGCUGGAGAAUACUUCUGCGAAGCCACGUCCCCGUGUACUCAACCAGCUGUCACUUCUUCGACUGUAUCAAUUAUUAAAGCCCCAAAAUCGAUCACCGGAACAUGUAAAGCCCAUCGACAAUCUGUCCAAUCACCUCCAUUAAUCUCUGUUUUUACACUUUCUCGUAUCGAAUUACCGGGAGGAGUGACUCAAUUGGCAUGCAGAACACGUGGAAAUCCAGCACCAAAAACGAAAUGGUACAAGAUUGAAGAGGAUGAAUCACUGAGUUCAAUUGAGGGACAACGGAAUUAUAUGCACCUUCCAAACGGCGAUCUUUUGAUAGUUGGUGACGAAGAAACAAUCUCUGAAUCCUUCCGAUGCGUUGCUGAAAAUUCCCUUGGAUCUGUUCACCAGGACUCGUCAGUUAUCUACAUGUUGGCUUGA